CACGGAAGAGACGUGUGUAAUGUUUGUAUCUGCGGGCGAGGGCUGAAACACAGUGGUGACAAAUCAGUUAAAGCCUGGCCGGUCGUCAGCUCUCUACCAGUGAACGGGUGACGAGCUGCUUGGCUAGCCCACCUACUGUCAUUCACAGAAGGGAAUCUAUACUAUGAGAUAGUUUCACAUCAGUGUGGAUGAAAGCAGUACAGUGUUGUCGCUCGCUGACUCCUCGCGGGUAUGGAUUUAUAUAAAGUUUAACCUGCCUCGGAGCUCGCAAGACGUUAAUGAUAAGGUGUUGACAUACUUUGUACCUGAAGAAAGUUGGCAGUGUUGUGCGUGUGCGUCGUCUGAAGGCAUCGCUGGAUACACUGUCAUGCACAGCGGCAGACAUCACAGGCGUUGAUUACAUGUGCUACAAUCAUGGCGGAUUUUACUGAACUUGUCAAACAGUUUCACUUGCAGAGAGCUUUUCUUUAUGGAUUUAUCAUAGUAUCAAGUUUCUUCGUGUUUGCGCCUCUCGGAGAAUUGCAAAUCAACUUUGGUCACCGAUGUCUUCUGUACGCAGACGUCAUCUACAAUGUCACCGUCGGCGCCCCAAACCGGCAUUUUGGAGUUCAUUUCCCAUCUGACGCCUCCGUCUGCGACUACAACAUCAUCAUCGCUGUCGCCUUCUCUCUCAUCUACGCCAGCGUUGCAGCAGGCGGAUACGUGUUCUUGUAUUUUAAACAGAAGAAAAACAAAGAGGUGGACAUCGCCCGUCUGUGGUUUCUGGUCCACUGUGCCAGCGAGGUGGCCGUCUUGGUGCUGGUGCUGGUCUCUGCCUGUACUAUCAGCGCGGGAUUCAGCCACGUGUGUCAGCAGUUCAUGACGGCUAAUGACCACGUAGCCAGGUGACCACGGGAUAAACUUAGCCAGUUGUUCCGGCGCCCAGUUCUUCCAAGACUGGCGAGGCUACGAUGCCAGCAACUUCCACGUGUGUUUAAGUAUAGCAACAAUCGGCAGUUGGUUCUCUUUCGUGUUCUGGCUUCUGCAGACCCUGUUUGGUGGCUGGAAGUUAUGGCGACUGAAUAUGAUCUAUUUCCCUGACCAACUGAAGAUAUGCUGCAAAUCCACAUGAACUGUCACCAGGAUAUAUUUAUUGAAAUUAAAGCUUACACAAGGUAUAUACGACCACGCCCAGAGAUAUAUAGAGCCCAUACAUGACAGCCAGCAGUGACCAUCACUGUGUGGUUGUUCCGCGCAUUUAGGUGGCUCCAUGGGUAGUGUGUUCGAUUGACAGACCAAGGGUCUGGGUUCGAGUUCCACUUUGUUACAGAAAUUGCAGCUAUUUGUUAGUGUUUGUUAUGUGGCUGUAAUAUUGCUACAAUUGGUGUUAUCUGUAAACACUUCAACAUAUUAUAUCAUGUUAUGUAUUCAGUUAUGUAUUUAUAUCAGUCAUUUAUGUAUUUAUAUCACAGUAUGGUUAAAACAUUGGGGUCUGUUUCCAUAUGAAACGUUCACUUCCACACGCUGCGACUUGGGAAACAAUUUGUUAUUGGUAACAUCACGUGACAUGUGACACACUACGAUUAUAUCCAGGACCUCGUUCCGCAAGCGUUCUGGGUCCCGUUCCUCAAAAGCGCUACGAUGAUCGUAACUCCCAUACUUUAACAUAGACUUACGACUGUCGUAGCGCUACAAUCGCUUUGAGGAACGGGGCCCUGAGCGCUAACAUGAUCACAACUGCCAUACAUUAACAUUGGUUUACAGUCGUCGUAGCGUUAAGAUUGUCUAAUACAGUAACAUUGGUUUACAGUCGUCGUAGCGUUAAGAUUGUCUAAUACAGUAACAUUGGUUUACAGUCGUCGUAGCGUUAAGAUUGUCUAAUACAGUAACAUUGGUUUACAGUCGUCGUAGCGUUAAGAUUGUCUAAUACAGUAACAUUGGUUUACAGUCGUCGUAGCGUUAAGAUUGUCUAAUACAGUAACAUUGGUUUACAGUCGUCGUGGCGUUAAGAUUGUCUAAUACAGUACCAUUGGUUUACAGUCGUCGUAGCGUUAAGAUUGUCUAGUGGAACGGGGACCUGUAAGCGUAGCUGUCAUCACCACUAUUUUCACAAAUGACUCUUCCUUCAUGACGAUAGAGGGGCGGUGGGGUAAAGCGUCCGCGCGUCACGCUGAAGACCCGGUUUCGAUUCCCCACAAAAGUACAAUGUACAAUGUAGUGUUCCCCGCCGUGAUAUUGCUUGAACAUUGCUAAAAGCGUCGUAAAACCAUAUUCCCUCACUCGCAUGCAAUAGGCUUAGACCUGCGACCCUUUCGUAUGUUACUGCAAUGCUUAGUGCAACAAGUCUGUCUUGUAGCAGGGACCCCAAUUCACGAACCCACUGUACGGCUACGAUUGUUUUUGGUACAGUGCAGGAGUGGCGAUACUCAAAGUGCUGAGAUCGAAACGGUGCUCAAGAAGUGUUCACAGACACCCAUGUUUCAUGUUUAACUAUUUUCAUUUGGUCACUGUUUACAAGCGUACAAAACUGGGAAACGACUGAGCACGAUUUACCAUACAUGUCCAUUUAAAAAAGCAAUUUUUCACACGCCUACCCUGCAUUUGAUUUUUGUUAAUUGUUUUUGUAUGCAAUAAUACACUCGUAUUAAAAUGCUGAAACCGAAAUCAGUUCUUCAAGGACUGGUGUUUCUACAUAGACAGUCGAUCCCUGUUCUUCAUGAUAUGACGAAAUGUGAAUAUUCAUUUUAUGCCAUUUUUCAUGUACUAAUUCUUCAGGAGGUAGUGUUGGCAUCAAAAUGAUACCAAUGUCAUAUUUAGAUACAUAGAAGUUCGGAUAGCAGGUGAGUUUAAUUUUACGCCGCUUUUUGCAAUAUUCCAGCAAAUGUCACUGUGGGCAACACCAGAAAUGGGCUUCACAAAUUGUACCCAUGUGGGGAAUCGAACAGGGGUCUCCAGAGUAACGAGUGAGCGCUUUAACCACUGGGCUAUCCCACCGCCCCCGGAAUAUAUUAACAUGUAGGGAUAAUGCUUAACUAUUUUAUAGAGUAAACAAAUCAGUCAGCGCCUUUGAUAGUGCAACUUAAAAACACAAUCAUUGUGUUUUAAGUAGCACUAUCAAAGGCGCUGACUGAUUGUGACAAUGCAUUAAUUAUCGUCGGAUUAUGCUUUCGGACGGCACUUUUCCUCUCGCUAUACGAGGGGCGGUGGGGUAGCCUAGUGGUUAAAGCGCUGGCUCGUCACGCCGAAGACCCGGGUUCGAAUCCCCACAUGGGUACAAUGUGUGAAGCCCAUUUCUGGUGUCCCCCGCCGUGAUGUUGCUGGAAUAUUGCUAAAAGCGGCGUAAAACCAAACUCAGUCAGUCAGUCAGUCGCUAUAACGAAGCGGAUGAGGGCUUGUGUUUAAGACACUAUAAAAAAUUGUUCAUGCGGUAAUCGAGAAAACAAAGGAUGUUCUUAGGCGUCCAAAAACCCAUAACACAAGGAUAACAAUUCUGGACCGUUUGUCUUGAGUCCGUCACGUGUCUGUGAAAGCCUCCAUUGAAGACGUUCCAUUGGCUAUAAGCUCUGUAGUUAAUAACACACAUGGAGAUAUAUUUAUAAUUCAAUAAACAACACAUGUGA